GUGCCCGCUGUGUCCGGAGGACACAGCAGAACACUGAUCACUGUACGGGACCUCUGUGUGAGGUCUAGAUAAUGUGAUCACUGAUUGGCCAAUCAGUGAUCACAUGAAUAGUAGUACGCAAGAUGUCACUUGCUGACAUUAUUGCUUACUACUAGUGAAAUCUGUGAAUGAUCACAGAGGUCACAUGAACGCGGUGCCGCACGCUCCCAGGGAGCACGCACUGUCCAAAAUGGCAAGCACCAUUUAUAAACAGCAACCCGCCCCUGCGUUGUCACCGUCCGGCCAUUUAUAUACAGCGGCCGGACAGGAAGUGGUU